AAACAAAAAAAACAUAAAAAAUUCAAAUAAGCAUAAAAAAUCUAAAAAAAUAAAAAUACCUCUGAAAUUUGUUAAUUAGCUCUUAAUCAAAAGAGUAUAAAGAAAAGAACUACUUUAAUCAUUCUAUCAAAACAAAUUAAUAAUAUAUAUUUACAUAACCUCUUACAAAUAAAAAUGGACAGCAAAAUUGACCAAGGCAUAUCUUAUAACUUCGCCAAUAUUGCUCUUUAUCAACAAUUGUUGAAUUAAAAAAAUCAAGCUUAAGCUAUUUCCACUAUCUCACAUUCAAAUUACCAAUAAGGAAAACAGUUUGAGUCUAAUUCUUCAUCCUCGGUAAACAACUCUCAUUUACAAAAUGCAAGUGAUAAUAUAACAUGCCCAGUUCUUUUUAAUUUGGUACCUAAUUAACAAAGCUUGAUUAAGGAUAACUCAGGUAUGCAUCUUUUAGCUCAAAUUCAAUAGCAAAAUUCUUCAGAUUAGCCGAAUAUUUUGCAAAUUUAAUAACUUUCUUAAACUAAAAAUAUUUUACCUAGUGAAGUGCCUUAUGCUUUAAUCAGAAACAAUUUCAUGUAACCAGUUUUAUAAUUAUAAAUGGCAUAGUAAUAACCACUUCUUCUCGGAGUAUAAGACCAAUUAUCUGCCUUGCCCUUAAUUUAACCAGCCUAACUAGCUAAUACAAAAUAAGACAUUUACAAUAUAAAUAAUUUACUUCAAAAACUAAAUAUAUAAAAUGAACCUUCUAACAAUCCAUAAUAAAAUUUAUUAAUUUUUUAAUAACCUGCUAUGUUGCUAUAAUCUCAGCAGCAGUAGCAAUAAUUCUUUCAAAACCCUCAACUCUUAGCACAUGCCAAUUUGUUGAAUACUUCUAAUAAUAAUUUAAUUGGCUAAACUAUCUAAUCUAAUAACGAACAAAAGAUAAAUAAAGAUUUAAACCAAAUUUCUGCAAAAAUGAAUGACCAGUUAUUAUUGGUUAAUAACCAAAAUUAAUAAAUGAAUCAAUUCUAACAAUUAAAUAGCCAAUUGUUUGCAAAUUAGAUGAUCCUGCCUGCUGAAAACUAAUCUAUGUAUUUUAACAAAAUUCCACUCAAUCAUUUAGAGUUGAAUUAGUAAGCUCUAAUUUCUUAGCAACUUUAGUAAUAAUUAAUAAUGUAAAAAAAUAUGGGAGCAAAUGCGUAAAUAUUGUUAGCCAGCUCAAAUGAACUAAUGUAAUUGCAAAAUUAAGAAAGCUAAAACUAGCUAUAAAAUGAACAAAAUAGAUAAAAUCUUCAAAAUUAUAAAAGCCUCUUACCUCCCCUUAAAAAUGUGAAUCUUCAGGACAAAACGAUUUAAGGGAUAACUCCUUUUUAAAAUUCUGAAGAUAUUUCUUCUUCCACAACAAUUAGUAAUUCUCAAAAAGGAUUAAUACUUAAUAAUCAAUAUAGCAAUACUCUUUCACCUUAAAGAGCAUCUAAUCCUUCAAUUCAAUCUAUCCAACAGUCUUCUUCCCUUACUCACAUAAACCACGGAGAGAAGACAGAGGACUGCUCAAAUAUAUUCAGUACUGGCAAGGUAAUAGCCAGCCUCAAAGACAUCGAUCAAAAUGAUUUAACAUUCAGCCAUAACCCUUAAAUCUUCUUAUCAUAAAAGUUACUUCCAGUUCAGAUGAAAAAUGAUUCACAAAAUAAUAAAAUUGUUGCAAACCAAAGAACCAGUAAUGAAAUUUAUAAUAGCGUUGAGGAUUUAAAAUAUGGGCAGAACAAAGGGUUCUAAAAAUAAAAAUCUACUGGCGAUAGAGAAAAAAAUGGAACUUUUAAUAGAGUUCUGCAUUCAAGUUAAUCAUCUUCAAGCAGCACUCCUCUUAAAUCUAAAACAUCCAAGAAAGAAGAGAAGAACCUUAGAAAAUAGCAUGUAAAAAUGUACUAAAACCCUUUAAAUAGCGAAUUUAUUUAAAGCUAGCUAUCAAGCUGUUUAAGCGAUAACAAUAGUAAAGAAUCAAAAGACAAUAAGUAAGCUAAAACACGCAAUAAUGAAGAUCCCUACAAAAAUUAUGGUUAUGACUCAUAAAUAAAAAAUUAAUUGCGCAAACAAGUUCUUAAAUGCUUCUUUAAAAAUGUUUCUACCUACGUUGAUAAAUUUGAGUCAUAAAUUGCUCAUCAAUUCCCAAACCUAGAAAAAAAUGCACUUAAAUCACUAUGCAAAUACUGGUCACAAUUUGACAACCCAACUAAGAGAGAAAACCUGAAAAACGAUGAGUACAAAUCUCUCUGCUAAACUUUAGGUAUUAACAGUGAAAUAAAACCUCUUGGACAAAAGUCCAUCAAGGAAGUCUUCUGCCUUAAAAAUGAUUUUAGUGAAGGCUUGAAGUAUCUAUUCACAAGCUUCAACGAAGAUUUAUCGCUCCAUUCAAAGAAGCAAAAGCAAAAGAAAAUGAAAGAAUUGUAUAUCGAAACCUCUGAAGAGAUUCUCGACGAUAUCCUUGGUAGAUAAAGAAAGAAAAAGGAUGCUUAGAAUGGAUAAUAAAAUAAAGAUACUAAUUGA